AUGGAAGCAAAAUUGGAGGACGAAUUUUCUGGCAGCAAAAAGUUUGUUCCACUUUGCCCUGACGAAAUACCACCCACGCAUCGGUCGAUCUGCCCGUUUUCUACGUCAGUAUUUCAGGAAAUCGAGGAAAUGGGCAUUAAGUUGAAAAGCGGAAAAUUCAGUGCCGAAGAACAGGCGAUUAUAGCUAACAACUGGCAGAAUAUCUGUACUUAUUACAAUGUGAAUUACGACUUCAUCUUUGGAAAUCAGGAACGUGCUAUAAGAAAAGACUUUAUUCGAUGCACUCACUUUUAUGCCGAACUAGGUCGAGGCCUGCCCUGUCGAAGUGCGUACAGCAUUUUUUAUCACGCUAAGGAGGCUUUGAGUCCAUCGAUAAACCGGGGUCCAUUUACUCGUGAAGAAGUAGCAAAAUUACACCAGCUGGCUGAAGAGCACCCACACCAGUGGUCGUUCAUUGCCGCCGUUCUCGGCCGCAGUAGACACAGUGUGUUCUGCAAAUUUAAAAGUUCUACGCCAAACGUGCUAACCGGAAAAUUCAGCGGACUGGAAAAGGAGAAAUUGCUUGGUAUGUUAUCUAAUGACAGCGGAGAAUAG